GACCCACUGUGUAUUAUAAAUUAACAGAAGAAUGAGCAUGGACAAGGAAGAAUUGGUGCAGCGAGCCAAGCUGGCCGAACAGGCCGAGCGUUACGAUGACAUGGCGGCGGCUAUGAAAUCGGUGACGGAGACGGGCGUUGAGCUGUCCAAUGAGGAACGGAACCUGUUGUCUGUGGCCUACAAGAAUGUAGUGGGUGCCCGGCGGAGUUCUUGGCGAGUCAUUUCGUCUAUCGAACAAAAAACCGAGGGCUCUGAGAGGAAGCAGCAAAUGGCCAAGGAAUACAGAGAAAAAGUUGAAAAGGAACUCCGCGAAAUCUGCUACGAUGUUUUGGGUCUGCUCGACAAAUUCCUGAUCCCUAAAGCCAGCAACCCCGAAUCCAAAGUCUUCUAUCUGAAGAUGAAGGGGGACUACUACCGAUAUUUGGCCGAAGUUGCGACCGGAGAUACCAGAAACGCUGUUGUCGACGAUUCUCAAAAGGCUUACCAAGAUGCGUUCGAAAUCAGCAAGGCCAAAAUGCAGCCAACGCAUCCAAUCCGGCUGGGUUUGGCUCUCAACUUCUCGGUCUUCUAUUACGAGAUUCUGAAUUCACCUGAGAAAGCCUGCCAACUCGCCAAACAGGCCUUCGAUGACGCCAUAGCUGAGCUGGAUACGUUGAACGAGGAUUCGUACAAGGACUCCACGUUGAUCAUGCAGCUGCUGCGCGACAACUUAACCCUGUGGACUUCCGAUGCUCAGGGAGAUGGUGAUGAACAGCCCGAGGCUGAGAACAAUUAGGAGAGACAAAAAUCCCCGCCCCGCCUGUUUCUAUUAUCUUUCUCUAGAAAUCCUUCUCCCAUGGUCUUGAUUAUUUUUUUUUUUUUUUUCUCCCCUCUUUCAUCUACCAACAUCCAAUUCUUCUGCUUGCGCUACUACAUUUGCCGCUACUUUUACAGUUUAUUAUUAUUAUUAUUAUUUGGUCAUUCGAAUCAAAAACACAUACACAAGACGAGGAGUGUCUGCUAACAGCAUCCCAUCCGAACAAGUCUGCGAGCCGUGGCGGACGAGUCCAUCCAAACAAAUUCUUUUGGUUUUCAAAGUUUGGUUCCUCCCGAACUCUCAAUGCCCCACUCUCCUCCGAUUCGCCUGUAAUUGCGAGAGUGUGUCGUAGUCAGAAGGACUUGGAAGAGUUUCAUCCUACAUCAAUACCACUUUUUUUCCUCUCCCUCCCUCCUCCUUAUUCAACUUACUGCAGAGAUCACAUCUUGUGCCGCUGUGCGACUUGUGUGUUGUAAUUUUGUUGAUAUGCACACUUUCUGUUGAACUUUCUUCCCAUUUUUUUCAGUGUUCCAUUUUUUGUAAACGAAAAAAAAAGAAAGGUAUUCCCAGUAUCUCCCCACGCCCCUCAAUCAAGUAACAGACUCACUCAAACUUACCUUUAUCUGUCUUCUUCCAAACCUUUUCCUUUUGCAAAGUGUAUGUGUAAUCACGUCUUUGAAAAAAAUAAUGAAAGGCGCGCAUUAAAUCGCUCCUUCCGAUAAUA